AUGGGCUGCACAUCUGGUAUACAUUCCCAGCACAUCAGGAAGUCCAGCAUCACAUCAGGAAGAUAUACACACCCAGCAUCACAUCAGGAAGAUAUACACACCCAGCAUCACAUCAGGAAGAUAUACACACCCAGCAUCACAUCAGGAAGAUAUACACACCCAGCAUCACAUCAGGAAGAUAUACACACCCAGCAUCACAUCAGGAAGAUAUACACACCCAGCAUCACAUCAGGAAGAUAUACACACCCAGCAUCACAUCAGGAAGAUAUACACACCCAGCAUCACAUCAGGAAGAUAUACACACCCAGCAUCACAUCAGGAAGAUAUACACACCCAGCAUCACAUCAGGAAGAUAUACACACCCAGCAUCACAUCAGAAGAUAUACACACCCAGCAUCACAUCAGGAAGAUAUACACACCCAGCAUCACAUCAGGAAGAUAUACACACCCAGCAUCACAUCAGGAAGAUAUACACACCCAGCAUCACAUCAGGAAGAUAUACACACCCAGCAUCACAUCAGGAAGAUAUACACACCCAGCAUCACAUCAGGAAGAUAUACACACCCAGCAUCACAUCAGGAAGAUAUACACACCCAGCAUCACAUCAGAAGAUAUACACACCCAGCAUCACAUCAGGAAGAUAUACACACCCAGCAUCACAUCAGGAAGAUAUACACACCCAGCAUCACAUCAGGAAGAUAUACACACCCAGCAUCACAUCAGGAAGAUAUACACACCCAGCAUCACAUCAGGAAGAUAUACACACCCAGCAUCACAUCAGGAAGAUAUACACACCCAGCAUCACAUCAGGAAGAUAUACACACCCAGCAUCACAUCAGGAAGAUAUACACACCCAGCAUCACAUCAGGAAGAUAUACACACCCAGCAUCACAUCAGGAAGAUAUACACACCCAGCAUCACAUCAGGAAGAUAUACACACCCAGCAUCACAUCAGGAAGAUAUACACACCCAUCAUCACAUCAGGAAGAUAUACACACCGAGCAUCAGACAAGAAAGAUGCCCGCCCAGCAUCACACGAAGGGUCAGAGGAGACAUCUCUCGCGAGUCACCGGGGAGGGAGCGUUAAAUUGA